AUGAAGACCACCGCCAUGUUCAUGAUCGCCGCCUUUGCCAGCAGCGCCUUGUCCCUCGACGUCAAGGACGCUUCAACUCCUGGUGGUGGCACUCCUGGCUCUCCAGCCUGUGGCCGCCAAUGCCUUAUCACCAUUUCCCCAGUCGACGGAGCCUCCACGCAGAGGUCCGAUGGCUUCCCUGGCUCUUGCAAGGAGUACGCCACUGGCCAGCUGAAGGGCACCAAUCGUGCUAUUGAUGGGGGUCGUCUCAACAUCAACGGUGUCGGAGGCAACCUCGUCAUCGACUUUGUCAAGAACGGACGUGAUCGCCGUGCCUCUUUCACUAAUUGCAAGGAGGCUGUUUUCACUGGUGCUCAAUGUAGCCUUAAGCAGGGCGGUUGCGACAAGCAGGCCGAGUCUGGAUAA